UAAACAGAACAGGAGGAACAUAACAUUGCAGUGCUAGUACUCUGUCGGAGUAUAAGUGGUAGAACAGAGCACAGAGAACAUGUAUUUACUUACUGUACGAGUGGUGCACGUGUGAGAGUACGUUCCAAAUUGAAGUUCAGUUUGGUAUUUUGGGGACAGUGACAACUUACUUCACGUGAAGGGGUGCGGAGUGUGUAAAAGAGCAUUACAUUGUUGACAGAUUCGGGGAUGGAUGAGUACGAAGGUGAAUCUGAUUCCGGAUCUGAGGCCGAAAACUCUGAGCUGACUGAUCGAGAGCUUCAAGAAGCAUUUACAAAAGGACUUCUGAAGCCUGGUUUAAAUGCUGUACUAGAGGCAAAGAAGAAAGCUAAAAAUGAUGUGGAAGGCCUGAAACAGUGUUUGGCUGAUUUUCGAAAAGACUUGAACUGGGUAGAAAGGCUGGAUAUGACUAAUGAAGCGGCUCCUGACCUUGUAGCUAAAGCAGAAGGGCGCCUCAAUGACCCGGAUGGCAAAGAAGUUGAUGCAGAGGAUGAUUUUAAUAGGGAGAUGUUUUUUUACCGACAGGCUCAGGCCACAGUUCUGGAAGCCUUGCCUCGAUUGCAUAAACUAAAAAUCCCAACCAAGAGGCCAGAAGACUACUUUGCUGAAAUGGCAAAAUCAGAUCAACAUAUGCAGAAGGUUCGUGAGAAAUUGCUGACCAAACAGACUGCCAUGGAAAGAUCAGAAAAAGCUAAACAACUGCGUGCUCUCCGGAAGUAUGGCAAAAAGGUUCAGACAGAAGUUUUGCAGAAGAGGCAGAAAGAAAAGAAAGCCAUGCUAAUGGAAAUUAAGAAAUAUCAGAAAGGUUUCUCUGAUAAACUGGACUUUCUUGAAGGAGACCAGACUACACAUAAAAAAAAAGGAAACAGUGCAGCAAGUCACAUAAAGAAAGGGCCAAAUGCAAAGAGACGGUAUAAGAACCAGAAGUUCGGCUUUGGUGGUAAGAAGAAGGGUACUAAGUGGAACACCAAGGAGAGCUAUGACGAUGUCUCUGGAUUCCGUGCAAGUGUUGCACAUGCUAAACAUUUCGGCAAAGGAAAGAAGGCAAAGCAUCAGAAAAGACCUGGUAAAAAUGUAAGACGGAAGAUGAAGAAUAAGUCAAGAUAAUUUUCUUGUCUGGGAGCUAAAUAACUGGACUUCAACAUAUUUUUAAUAGGCAAUCUUCUGUAAGCUUAUCUAGAAAACAUUACCAAACUUCAUCCUGGAAACGACCCAGGGACUUAUAAAAUGGUCCAGAAGCCACAAAGGUUAUUUCUUUAAUUUGUUAAAUUGCGUGCUGCAUUUUGUCCAGGAAGUGGCAAAGAAUUAUAUAAUGGCCCAGAAAACAAACAUUUCUGAAAUCUGCUAAAUCAUGUGUUGAAAUGGUAACCUACUGUAUUGAAGACCAUUGUUUCAGUACUAUGCAUGCUUGAUCUGUUUUAAAGCAAGGAAGGAUUCUUGCUGAUUUUUGUAUAAGCAACUGCAGUCAUUCAGUGCAUACAACCACAACUCAUCAGGAGGUGGGGGAAGGAUCUGGGUCUCCUGCAUGACUGCGACCUAUGGUGGUAGCCAAAGGUUUUAGCUCAGGCAGCCAAAAAGUUUGAAAAAGUACAGACAUAUCUAUAGAGGGAAGCAUAUAUGUGCAUAAACCACACUAACAUCAUAGCAGGGGGUGGAAUUAGAUGCAAACCAAAAGAAGAAUCCCCUUAUCUGUCAGGAUGAUGCUAUACUUGAAAGCAGCUGUCUUAUUUCCUCCUUGCUGUGAUGUUUCAUAGACAAAACUGGGAUAUGUUUGAUGGUAGAGGGGCACCCAAAUUGUAAGGGGAGGAAAAAAGGUGCUUAAAAGAAUCAACCAUUACUCCUGUAGCUGUCAAAAGAGAAACAGUGAUAUGUUUGGGAGAGUACCCUCCACUUUUGUUGAGACACAGACUGUCAACUAUUUUUGCUACUUAUCAAAAUGUUAUUUUAACUUGUUAUUAAAUCAGUUAUAGAAAUA